AUGGCACCUGCUUAUUUUCCGAUUCAGAAUGUAAAUCUGUUGCACAGGGAGUCUCCACAAGACAGUGCUAUCACCCGAGACAUCAAUCGAACGUUCCCUGCUCAUGAUUAUUUUAAAGAUACUGGGGGAGAUGGCCAGGACUCCCUGUACAAAAUAUGCAAGGCCUACUCUGUCUAUGAUGAAGAGAUUGGCUACUGUCAAGGCCAGUCGUUUCUUGCUGCUGUGCUGCUUCUACAUAUGCCUGAGGAGCAAGCUUUCAGUGUUCUGGUCAAAAUCAUGUUUGAUUAUGGACUCAGGGAACUUUUCAAACAAAACUUUGAAGAUUUGCACUGCAAGUUCUAUCAGCUGGAGCGCCUCAUGCAGGAAUACAUUCCUGAUCUGUAUAACCACUUUCUGGACAUCAGCCUUGAAGCACACAUGUAUGCUUCCCAGUGGUUCCUCACCCUGUUCACUGCAAAAUUCCCUCUCUACAUGGUCUUCCAUAUUAUUGACUUACUCUUAUGUGAGGGAAUAAGUGUUAUCUUUAAUGUUGCACUGGGAUUAUUAAAAACUACCAAGGAUGAUUUGUUACUGACAGACUUUGAAGGGGCAUUAAAAUUCUUCCGUGUACAACUGCCCAAGAGAUAUCGCUCGGAAGAAAACGCAAAAAAGCUGAUGGAAUUAGCGUGUAAUAUGAAGAUUAGCCAGAAGAAGCUGAAGAAAUAUGAAAAGGAAUAUCAUACCAUGAGAGAGCAGCAAGCACAACAGGAGGAUCCUAUAGAGAGAUCUGAGCGUGAGAACCGGCGCCUACAAGAAGCAAACAUGAGACUGGAGCAAGAAAAUGAUGAUCUUGCACACGAACUGGUGACCAGCAAGAUUGCUCUGCGGAAAGAUUUAGACAAUGCGGAGGAAAAGGCAGAUGCUCUGAAUAAGGAACUGCUAAUGACCAAACAGAAGCUGAUUGAUGCAGAAGAAGAAAAGAGGCGCCUAGAAGAAGAAUCAGCUCAGCUGAAGGAAAUGUGUCGUAGGGAACUAGAUAAGGCAGAGUCAGAGAUCAAGAAGAACAGCUCUAUUAUUGGUGACUACAAACAGAUUUGUUCCCAGCUGAGUGAGCGACUGGAAAAGCAACAAACGGCAAAUAAAGCUGAAAUUGAGAAAAUACGGCAAAAAGUGGAUGACUGUGAGCAUUGCCGGGAGUUCUUCAAUAAAGAAGGCCGUGUGAAGGUGGCUAGUUCUGCCAAGGACGGUUCAGAUGAGGACACAGAUGAGGAGAAGGAAACGCUGAAAAACCAGCUGAGGGAAAUGGAGCUUGAGCUGGCCCAGACCAAGCUGCAGCUUGUGGAGGCAGAAUGUAAAAUACAGGACUUGGAGCACCAUUUGGGUCUGGCGUUGAAUGAAGUACAAGCUGCGAAGAAAACAUGGUUCAACAGAACAAUAAGCUCUAUAAAAACAGUGACUGGAGUCCAAGGAAAAGAGACUUGUUGAAAAGCAGUUCUGUCAAACACACCUUCUUAAACACAACACCUUUUGUUGCCUUCCUUGGCCAGAUGUUUAAUCGGUGACAUGAGAGGACCAGAAUGUAAAUAAAAUAGAAACACAGCAUGUCAGGAUUUCAGUAAGUCAGUGAUAAGGAGGAUGGAAACACAAGGAAGGUUUUAUUGUUAGACAUGGGAUCUUCAUACUACUGAUAUUUAACAGGUGACGUAGCUAGAUUGAAGCUCUUCAGAGAAACACUCCAUUCUGCGGUCUGGCUGGAGGCUUUUCACAGACUAGGUACGAGAACUUACCAAACCCUAAUUGUUAAGUUUACAUAUGAUAGGUUUUUUUACAGUUAUAACCUUUUUUAAUAUUUUAUUUGAAAGGAAAAGUGUCACUAACAAAGUAAAAAAAAAAAAAGAAGAAAAAAGGAAAAAAAAAGGAAAAAAAAGAAAAAAAACAACAACAAAAAAGACAAGAACUACAUCAGUGCCAGAAAGCAGUCCCCAGAGGUAGGAUAUGGAGAGUAGGAGGUGACAUGUUUUGCUUUAUGAAUGGGGAUGAUUUCAGCAUUCCUGUCGAGCAACCCCACUUUGUUUUAGUAGAUGCAGCAUCCAUCUCUCUGUGUUUGGCAUUUCUUUCUGUUACUAAUCAAUUCUAUGCAACUCUGGGCUUUUUUGGCAUGGGCUGCCAAACAAAUUCACAACCUGAGGCUGGGACACUUGUCUGAAGUGCUAGACAAGAAGAAUCAGAAUUCUUGGCAAAUUUCCGUUUCACUUCUGUGUCAUAUUGUUCGAUCCACAUAUCAACAGCGUUAAAAUCCCCAACACCAGGACUGCUAAUAAGUACUAAUUAUGUGGAUAGUCUGACAUUUAAUUGAGUCUUUUUGUCUGUUUUUUUGUCAGGUUUUUUGUUUUGGUUUUGUUUGUUUGUUUUUACCCGGCUGUAGCAGGCCUUCUGUGAAGCUCUGAGAAAGCUUCCAGGAUUUAGUUUUGCACAUAGGUAUGAAUGGGACAAAGAAACAAUAAACUGAGAUAUAUAUGAGGCGAAAAAUCACUGCGUGAGUGUAGCUGCGAGCAUCGCUAGCUACCCAACUGGCUUCCCUGGUAACACGGUCAGACGUUGUGUGGGUCAUUUUUCACGCUCGAUGCAGUUGCACUAAUAGGUGCUAAACGUGCUUGGAUUUCUUAUUCAUUGGAUUGUCUUGAGUUCUCACCAGAAAGCUGUAGAAUGGAGUUUUGCACCUUGUAAUUUUUUUUUUAAUUUAUAAUGGUUUGUGUUAUGCUGAAGUAUCUAUUGCAUCAGUGGAUAAAUUUUGUGUGCAGUGUGAGUAUAAGCUGGUAAAAAUAAGAGGCACUGGUUUGUAUAUAAAGAUACUUGGUUUAUUUUGUAUUUCUACUUUUUUCUUGUUUACUGUACUAAUGCUAGCUAAUGUACUCUGUAACUACAGAAUAGAACAUGCUAUGUCCAAGCUUUUUUCCUUAACUGCAUACGUUAUCUCUAUUGUUUAAUACCAAAAAAAAAAAUAUAUACUGUAACUCCAUCAAUAUUAGAUGCGUGGACAUUGUGGUAGCAUAGUUGCAGUGUGUAUACUUUAUGAAUUGAAAUAUAAACUAGUAAAAUUGUAUAACUA